AUGACAGAAGCUGAUGCGCGCAUCCGGUUGUAUCAGGCUUCCGAUGACAAACUGGUCAGGUUCAGCAUCGGAAAGGCUUCGAUGGAGGGUCUCGCAGUCGCAAAUCGAAGUGCCUUUUUCCACCCAUUCACGCUUAGUACCUGGGUGGCCCUGUCAUGUAUCAUGAUCCAAUAUCUCAACUGGUGGCCUAAACCAGAGUACGGGCUUCUUGGUUAUUUGCCACCUCUUCCAGCCUUUGGGUGUUGGGGUGCUGUUAUCCUCUACCUUAUGGAUUGGUUCAACCGCCCAUACUUCGAAGAUGCGUCUCUUGACUUGUUGCGACGACCAGAUGUCGCGGACAUUGCAAACUAUUACCGGCGGUCUCCCUCCUCGGGCUUUUUCAUCCUUGAAUAUUCCGGAAAGUUCGUCGGUCUCAUAGCUAUUGACGCAUCCAAGGACUCUCAGUCGCAAGACACGCUCAUGGACAAGGGAAAGUCAUCUUCCUCCCUAAAGUCGAAGCACACAAUACCUCAGGGAACAUCAUCCGUCGCUACAAUCCGUCAUUUCUAUAUCGAGGAGCCGUAUAGGAAAGCAGGGAUUCAAAAUGACUUGCUCGCACAUACCAUACAGCAUGCAUUCAAAGCGGACAAUGCAGUCAAAGAGAUCAAGGUGACCACUACUUCCCUGAUACUGUAUGCUCAGAAGUGCAUCCGCGACGCCGGGUUUACUUUGGAGAAGCCUAUUGGGAAGUUUGGUAUUUAUGGGUGGAAAUUUGACCUACUCGUUCUCCGGAGGGCACAGUGGGAAAAACAAGAUGCUGUUUUGUAA